AGAGAAGGAAAGGAACAAACAACCAGAAUGAAGCUAAAAAGAACGAGAGCCACAUAUGUAGCAUGUGUCUUGUGUGCUGUAUUCACACCUGUGAUGUUGGCUCCAGUAGAUGAACCAAAACAGCCUGACCCAAGUUUGCCUCAGGCCACUUUCAGUAGCAGUACGAAUAUGACAUCAUCUGCCUUAGCAAAUCCUAGUGCCUCUUUGGCUCCCAUCCAAUCCUUUCAAAAUAAUACAGACAACCAGCAGCCUCCUGGGAAUUCAGCUCCACCAGUAAUAGGUGCAAGCUCAGCUAAUAACUCUCCUACAGAAAAAACAUUGUCCACAGUGGCUGUCAAGAAAGACCCAUUGAAGGUAGACGUAACUGUGGCCCAAGAAAAAGAUGAUAAAAGUGUGCCUCCAGGCCCUCAAGCCCAGUUGCCAGACCCAGAAGCUGGUUCCAAAAAGGACAAUGCUGACCAAGGGCAAGGCCCACCACUACCAUCACCAUCACCAAGAGAAGGUGAGCCAGAGAUAAUGGCGGAGAAAAAGGAGGUGGUGGAAACAGCACCUCCAUCCGUCAGCAACUCGCAGGUGCCAGUGAGUGGAAAUACCGUGGCUCAAGGAGGAGAGGGUAAGGAAGCCAAUCCUCCUCAGAUGCCCAGUGAGAGUGCAAUGAUGGUAGGAGCCAAACCUGAGGAGACUAAAGCCCCUCAAGUCACAAAUCCAGAUAUCAAUCAGGAGGCAAAGAAUGUAAACAAUGAAUCCCAAGUGUCACCUGCAGGUGAACAGGCACAGGAGCCCCAGCAGAGUGCUGACUUGGCAAAGGAGUCCCAACCAAGCGCUGACUUGGCAAAGGAGUCCCAACCAAGUGCUGUCCCAUCAGAGAUUGCCCAGAGUGAACCUGUUGAGCCUCUGAGUUUGUCUGAGCAGAGUGCUUCUGAGACACAGGAAGUGAAGCCCGUAAUUGAAGAAACACAUAAGCCUGAAGGAUCCGAAAUUGAAGCGCAGCCUCCAAAGGAACCAGAGCAACAGGCAGAAAACACACAGGGCUCUGAUACAGUGUUGGAACAACCCAAGGAGCCGGAACAAAAUGCCAAUGAGACACAAGAAGAACCAGAACAACCGGCAGUGGAAGAAGAAGCCAAAGGGACAGACACGCAGGACAAUCCUGUUGAAGAAAAUGUCGAGGAAAUUAGGGAUCAGUACGAAAACGAGUUAUCUGGUAUAGAAAAGACUGCAAACGACUACUCGUAUACUUUGGAUAGCUCUCAGCAGAGCUCCAUGGCAACCGAUAUGCAAGCUAACAACCCUUCCUUCAAUGACCCACUAGGUAAAGAUACUCUAGACAACAGAGAGGUUACCAUCGACAAUGGAGGAGAAUUCGCUGAUGACGAGGAUUCCCACUUCUUUGCGUAUUUCCUCACCAUCAUGGUCUCGGCCAUCAUCUUCUACCUUGUAUUCCAUAACAAACAACGGAUUAUUGCUCUGAUCAUUGAAGGCCGCAGCCCUGGGGAAAGACGAGGCCGCAGGACGUCCUCCAGAGGGAAGUACCACAAACUGGACAACAACCUAGAGGAGGCAAUCACAGCCACGAAAGGCGCAAACACAUGAUACCCUGUGUCGUCAGCUGGGCCUGAACCCCUCAGACAAUGAGACACUGACAAGGGGUUAACAGUUUGGAGGUUUGGGCAAGCCUCCACUUCAACGAGCUGCCAUGAACACAGGCAUGGAUUCUUGUUCCUUCUCCCUUUUUUCACCUACCUCUGUGUUUUUUUUGUUUUUUUAUCAUACCUCGUACCCAGUUGGAUUAAUUUUUUUCAUUCAUCUUUUACCCAUAUCGGUGUCAUGAGGUGCAAAAUGUUCUUUCCACGGUUGAGCUUUCCUUUGCACUGGUGCUGUGGUGUGCUUGAACCCCUUCACUCCUGUAAUACACAUUGGUUCCUUUUCGUGGCAUCCUCUGCCUAAAGUGGCAAUAGACCUCAUGAUUUGACAGGCUGAAGCCCCCUCACAUCUUGCUUGGGAUGCCUGCCUAUUCCUGGCAUUUGUUUACCCACUGUGGCCCGUACAGAGGUACUUACCAAAUGGGCAUUUUAGUGUCAUGUGUAGUGCAGUGUUUUUCUUCUUCUACUCUUGUUGUUGUCCAUAGCAGCUCCAUCUCUGCUGCUCUUAGUCUUUUCCCUUGGAUAACCAGAAUGUUAAUUCCACUUUUCAUUUUUUUUUUUUUUUCUUCUUCUUCUUCUCCAUCUUCUUCCAUCUUUUGUUUAUUUUACUCCCCACCCCCCCCCAUACCCUGUUUUUAUGGCUUUGUACACAGUGCAGCCUUGCUAGAAAUUUUCCCCGCUGUUUGUCUUGGAUAAUGUUUAUUGAUGUGGCUUGCACGAGUGAAGGGAAGCGCAGACAGCCUUCCUGUGGUUUUUGAAAUAUUAUAUAAAUAUAUAUUUUUUUCUUCAUUAUUAGGCUUCUUUUGGUUUUGUUAUUGAUAGUAUUAUGUCACUUUUCAGAUAUUGGGUAGAAUUUUUUUUUUCUAGUCAAUAAGAAUUUGAUAUUUGUAUGGAUAUUUCCAUAGCACAGCUCAAGGUUGAAAAAAGAAUUUGUGUGUUGGUUGAUAACAGAGACAUGGUUGCACUGAAAAAUGUUAUACA